GGCGCGGCGGCCGCGAUGCCGCGGCUCCCGGUGAAGAAGAUCCGCAAACAGAUGAAGCUGCUGCUGUUGCUGCUACUGCUGAGCUGCGCCGCGUGGCUCACCUACGUGCACCUGGGCCUGGUGCGCCAGGGCCGAGCGCUGCGCCAGCGCCUGGGCUACGGGCGAGAUGGUGAGAAGCUGACCAGUGUGACGACGGCGGGUGUCCAUGCUGCGCCAUCCACACAGAGGGCUGAGGACUCCAGUGAGAGCCGUGAAGAGGAGCAGGCGCCCGAAGGUCAGGAUCUAGAUAUGCUGUUUCCUGCAGGGGCUGGGAAGCUGCCAACUGACUUCACCCAUCAGACACCCCCAUGGCGGGAGGAGUACAAGGGGCAGGUGAACCUGCUGUUUGAGGACUGGUGUGGGGGCGCCGUGGGCCACCUGAGGAGGAACCUGCACUUCCCGCUGUUCCCUCAUACUCGCACCACCGUGAAGAAGUUGGCCGUGUCCCCCAAGUGGAAGAACUAUGGACUCCGUAUUUUUGGUUUCAUCCACCCAGCGAGGGAUGGAGACGUCCAGUUUUCUGUGGCCUCAGACGACAACUCGGAGUUCUGGCUGAGUCCGGAUGAAAGCCCCGCUGCUGCUCAGCUUGUGGCCUUUGUGGCAAAGACUGGUUCCGAGUGGACAGCGCCUGGAGAAUUCACCAAGUUCAGCUCCCAGGUGUCCAAGCCCAGGCGGCUCAUGGCCUCCCGGAGGUACUACUUUGAGUUGCUGCACAAGCAGGAUGACCGCGGCUCGGACCAUGUGGAAGUGGGCUGGAGAGACUUCCUGCCCGGCCUGAAGUUCGAGGUCAUCAGCUCUGCUCACAUCUCCCUGUACACAGGUGGCCGGGCCCCUAAGAUGGACCACGUGGCCCACGUCCCCAGUCCCAGCCAGCCAGUGGGGGGCGUCUGCCCGCAGGAGGACACCAGCGCAGACAUGCUGCGGCAGAUCCCGGGACACUUUUUCCUCACUCCGCGCAUGGAAUCUUCGACCUGGGAGAACGUGCUGGAGCCCUGUGCCUACGCCCCCACCUACGUGGAGGACUUCCCCAUCGCCAGAUACCAGGGCUGCAAUUUCCCGCCUACUCCCCGCCCCCCAGGUUACCUGUCCUUCGUUUAUCCCAACGACUACACCCGCCUCACCCACAUGGAGACCGACAACAAGUGCUUCUACCGCGAGUCUCCGCUGUACCUGGAGAGGUUUGGGUUUUAUAAGUACAUGAAGAUGGACAAGGAGGAGGGACGAGAUGAAGAAGAGGAGGUGCAGCGCCGAGCCUUCCUCUUCCUCAACCCGGACGACUUCCUGGACGACGAGGACGAGGGGGAGCUGCUCGACAGCCUGGAGCCCACGGAGGCGGCCCCGUCCAGGAGCGGCCCGUCCUCCGCCCCAGCGGUCCACGCGGAGCCCGGAGCCACCCUGCUCCGCCAACCCUCCCCGCCCCCGGGACGAGGGACCCCCAGGCUCCGGGCCCUGAGCUGGCCUCCCGGCCGCCCGCCCUUGCCGCUCUUCUUGGGCGAGCUCCGCCCCCGCCCUGCAGCGGAGCAGCAGCCCCCGAAGGUGUACGUGACCAGGGUGCGGCCAGGACAGCGGGCAUCCCCCCGGCCCAGCGCCGGCGCGCCCUGGCCGCCCUUUCCCGGCGUCUUCCUGCACCCCAGGCCUCUGCCCAGAGUGCAGCUGCGGGCGCCCACGCCCACCCGGCCCCACAGCCGCAGGACCGGCGGCCCCCAGGCCACACAGCCGACCCCAGCCAGGGCGCAGGCCACCCAAGGGGGCCGAGGCCAGGCGCGCACGCUGGGACCUGCGGUGCCCACAGUGGACUCAAACUUGUCUUCCGAAGCGCGGCCCGUGACCUUCCUGAGCUUGUCCCAGGUGUCCGGCCACAGCUGCCCGGGAGGCGAAGAGGAGGAGGAAGGGGAGGACGAUGGCCCGGGCGACGAGGCUGCGUCGGAGGACAGCGAGGAGGCCGCGGGCCCGGCGCUCGGACGCUGGCGUGAGGACGCCAUCGACUGGCAGCGCACGUUCAGCGUGGGCGCCGUGGACUUCGAGCUGCUGCGCUCGGACUGGAACGACCUGCGGUGCAACGUUUCGGGGAACCUUCAGCUACCGGAGGCGGAGGCUGGAGUGGCGGCUCAGUACAUGGAGCGGCACGCGCGCCACGGCGGGCGCUUCGCGCUUCUACGCAUUGUGAACGUGGAGAAGCGCCGGGACUCGGCGCGAGGGAGUCGCUUCCUGCUGGAGCUGGAGCUGCAGGAGCGUGGGGGAGGCCGCCUGCGACUCUCCGAGUACGUCUUCCUGCGGCUGCCAGGAGCCCACGUGGGGGAUGCAGACAGAGGAAGUCCCGAGCCCGCUCCCGCGGCCUCUAUGCGCCCCGAUGCGCCCGAGCUCUGCCGGCCACUGCGCCUGGCCUGGCGCCAGGACGUGAUGGUUCACUUCAUCGUGCCAGUGAAAAACCAGGCGCGGUGGGUGGCGCAGUUCCUGGCGGACAUGGCUGCGCUGCAUGCGCGCACCGGGGACUCGCGCUUCAGCGUCGUCCUGGUGGAUUUCGAGAGCGAGGAUAUGGACGUGGAGCGGGCCCUGCGCACUGCGCGCCUGCCCCGGUACCAGUACCUGAGACGAAGGAACUUCGAGCGCUCCGCCGGGCUGCAGGCGGGAGUGGACGCGGUGGAGGACGCCAGCAGCAUCGUGUUCCUCUGCGACCUGCACAUCCACUUCCCACCCAACAUCCUGGACGGCAUCCGCAAGCACUGCGUGGAGGGCAGGCUGGCCUUCGCGCCGGUGGUCAUGCGUCUGAGCUGCGGGAGCUCGCCCCGGGACCCCCACGGUUACUGGGAGGUGAACGGCUUUGGCCUUUUUGGGAUCUACAAGUCGGACUUUGACCGGGUCGGAGGCAUGAAUACAGAAGAGUUCCGAGACCAGUGGGGGGGUGAAGACUGGGAGCUCCUGGACAGGGUCCUGCAGGCAGGGCUGGAGGUGGAGCGACUCCGGCUGCGGAACUUCUACCACCACUACCACUCCAAGAGGGGCAUGUGGAGCGUCCGCAGCAGGAAGGGCUCUCACACGGGGGCGUCCUGAGGACGGGCAGCCCCUCCUAGCCCCGGUGGGAGUCCGGAGGCAGCUGCUGGGGGCUGGGCUUUGAGCUUGGUCCCGAGGGACCCGGCAGGGCUGGUCAGAGGGGCACAGCCACCACCUGUGCCUGUUCCUCUCUGGCCCACUGGGCCCUGGCGUCGUGCCCCUCCCCGGAGAGGCAGCCUUCACAGCGGGUCAGGGCCUGGCCUUGGUCCCCACUCUGCGAUGAUUUCUGUGAAAUUUUGCUGUAGCGACGACAUUGUUUUCAGGAUUUCCAAGAGUUCCGUCUGUUCUGUUUUUUAUUCAGAAUGAAAUGAAAUAUUUUUUUUAGUUCUGA